AUGCCGUCUCUCGUAUCGCUCCCUCGGCGAAGCGGACCCGGACGGUGCGGGCCACGUUGCCGCAGGCGACUCGGCCCUUUGUGCCCCGAGAUCGAGAUCUCCUCCGAGGCGAGCGAUGCUGAGAUUGCGAUCGUCCGCUUAUCACAAUUCUUUUGUAUUAAAAAUAGAGCACGUUCGGAUAGUCCCGUCCGCCGUGAUGAGAUAGGAGCGGGGAUAACUCUUAAUCGACAUAAUGCUCUUCGGACAGCGAUAGAAAGUAGAGUCACAGCACAUGCUACACUUAAGAUUCGCCUGCAGCUAAGCAAAGUUGUCAAUUGGAGCGGGUUCCGGUACAUAAUGUGGCACUGCGCAAGUGGUGCGGCGGUAUUAGCACGAGAGAAGGUCCUCGCUCGCAGGAAACGGUUAGACACGCUCGUAAUCCGACCCCCUUCUCCCCCCAUCCCAAUGAAUCGCUACCAGUUGAGCGGUGUCGAGAGAAGUGUGGCCCCGCCCAGCCCCGCACCAUUAAUCUGCUGUCGAGCGCACACGUCCACUGAGCACCAGAUCACAAUACGGACUUUAGGCUGUGCCUGUAGAUUCGCUGUUUUAGGUAUGGUUUAA